GGGACGGACGGACGGACCACAACGCGCAUAUAGCAUGAGGUCCGCGUGUUCAAGGGUGUGCGCGCCGGCGCUAUUACUGCUGCUGCUGCUGCUGCUGCCGCUGCCGGGCCCGACGUCGACGACCCGGCUUUCGGCUCCGUCCGCCCGACUGACGGAACUCUUCGGAAGCUUCCGCUCGCCCGCCUUCCCGGCGGCCUACCCAGACGAGACGCGACGCCGCUGGGACGUGGCCGUUCCCGUCGGCUUCCGCGUUCGACUUUACUUCAGCCAUUUUGACCUGGAGCCGUCCGACUCGUGCCAGUGUGACUAUGUCAAGGUGGAGGCGGAGGACGGGUCCGGGGGCGGAGCGUCCCUCCUGGGCGUGUUCUGCGGCGGCCGGGCCCGGGAUCCGGAAAGCGCGCCGGGCGAGGACGCCCUGCUCUCUCCCGCCAACGCGCUGAGCGUGACCUUCUCGUCCGACUUUUCCAACGAGGAAGAGUUCGGCGGAUUUGUGGCGCACUACAGCGCCGUCGACGUGGACGAGUGCGCGGAGGACGAGGAGGCCGCCUGCGAUCACCUGUGUCACAACUACGCCGGCGGUUUCUACUGCUCCUGUCGCCGCGGUUACCUGCUGCACGGCGACAACCGCACCUGCAAAGGUCAGUCCGCCGAGUGCCACGGGGCGGUCUAUCGGGAGCCGGCGGGUUCGCUGAGCAGCCCCGACUUCCCGUCGCCGUACCCCAAGAGCUCCGACUGCUCCUACGUCAUCCGGGCGCCGGCCGGCCGGAAGCUCCGCCUUCGCUUCGACGACGCCUUCGACGUGGAGGACCACCCGGAGGCCGCGUGUCCCUACGACUACGUCGAGAUCCAAACGGCGACCGGAGAGCUGGGUCCGUUUUGCGGCCGUCGCUCGCCCGGCCUCAUCCGGAUCGACGCCGACGCCGUCGUCGUCUCCUUUCACAGCGACCACUUGGGAGAAAACACGGGAUGGAGGAUGACCUACACCUCUGAGGAGACGGGAAGUGUGUGUACGCCUCCCACCAACGUAACGGCGAGUCCGCCGGCGUCCCGCUUCUCCUCGGGCGACGUCGUCCGGGUCCGGUGUUCGCCGGGCUCGGAGUUCGUCAAGGACGGCGAGCGCGUGGCGGGCGGCGAGCUUGAAUUGCGGUGUCGGCGAGACGGCACGUGGGAUACCGCGCUUCCCGUCUGUCAAACGGUGGAUUGCGGCACGCCGCCAAACGUGGACGGCGCUCGAGCGGCCUUCGGCGACCGCCACAACUCGACCCGAUUCGGGGCCGUCGUCCGCUACGUCUGCGACGACGCCUACCGACAAAUACGCCCCGAAGACGGCGAAUACUUUUGCGGGCCCGACGGGCUGUGGGUCAACCGGGCGGCAGGGGCGGAGCUCCCUACCUGCGAGCCCGCGUGCGGCCGGCCGUCGCGACCUCUGGCCGCUCGGGCCAAACGCGUCGUGGGCGGGCGGGCGGCCGAGCCCGGAAACUUCCCCUGGCAGGUCCUGCUGAGCGUGGAGGACUCCAGCCGCGUCCCCUCGGAACGCCGGUUCGGCUCGGGGGCCCUGCUGUCGGACGCCUGGGUCCUGAGCGCCGCCCACGUCCUGAGCUCCCGCCGUCGGCGCGUCGGCGCCGUCCCCGUGGAUCCCCGACACGUCAAGGUACUGGCGGGCGUGGUGGACAAGCGGGAGGCGGGGGGCCUUUCCGUGACCCGGGUGGUUCUCCAUCCCGACUUCCGGCCCAGCGACUUUGACAAUGACAUCGCCUUGGUCCGGCUGAGCGUCAGAGUGGCGCUCGCCGCCGCCGUGCGGCCCAUCUGCCUGCCGCCGCCACAGCAGGGCGACGCCCCCGCGGCUCCUCCCGACACCCUGGGCGCGGUGGCCGGGUGGGGCGCGUCCGGCACCGCCGCCGCGUCCGACCUCCUCCGUUUCGCGCGGCUGCCGGUGGUCCCUCAGGACGAGUGCCGCGCCAGCUACGCGGCCCGCCCGGGCGGCGGCUACAACGUCACGGACAACAUGUUCUGCGCCGGCUUCUACGAGGGCGGCCGAGACACCUGCCCGGGCGACAGCGGGGGCGCCUUCGCCGUCCCGGACCCCGUCACCGGCCGCUGGGCGGCGCUGGGUCUGGUGUCCUGGGCGGGGCCCGAAGAGUGCGGCGCCCGCCGCGUCUACGGCGUCUACACGCGCGUCGACAGAUACUUGGAAUGGAUACGCCGGUGCCAGAACGCGCCUUAAUGGAUCAGCGAAGAAGUUUUCUCAGGUCCGGUGCGUCGCCCUCUGUCCUUUUGGAAUCACAAAAUAUUGAAAGUAGUUUAUCAGCUGAAGCCAAUAAAAUACCGAGGUUUUUAGUUCCUUUUAAUAAUAAGGAAACAUAAAGUCAUUGCUAUCAACACAGCUCAAUUCAUUGCCUAGACGUCUAAUCUUUUGGAAGCGAGAGGGUGGCAGCGAGUAAACGCCUCUCACUUCAAACGGAUAGGACGUCCACUAAUAUUCCCGGCACAAGGAUUAUUGGGAAGGGCGAUAAAUGCUGCGUCGCUGGCGGCCAUCUUGGGUAGGGAGACCAGCAGUCAAAAAGCAGAUCUCAAAAAACACAAAUUCCGCUGCGUCUGUACAUUAUUUCUUGGUAGUCCUCGAUACCGAUUUCGGUGCAGUAUCGGCAGUGGCGGACUUGGCAAUUCUGGGGCCUAAGGCGAACAUAUCCAGGGGCCCUCUUCAUGGGUCGGGGUUAAAAAGGUGAGAAGGGUGUGGAUGAAAUAUGUUCCGCUACACUAGGGCUGUCCUAAACGACAAAUAUUCUCCUGAAAAGUCAGCUGACUAAUUUUACGAUUAAUCCACUAAUAAUUUUUUUUUUUUUAACUAAUUAAGCAAUGAAAUUUUUGAUGACACUUAUUCAUUCACAAAACUAUUUUGGAACUCUUAAAUUCUUUAUUAAAGUACAAAUAAUCAUGUAAAUAACAAUAAUCACAAAUAAUCAAUGAGGUUAAAUGCUGAUAGCAUUUACUAGUGCAAAAGAAUGGAAAGUCAACAGAUUCAGAACACUGACUUUGCCUUUCCAACAUUAUUCAAAACAAUUCUUAAAAAAAAUUCUAGCAAUAUUAUUAUACAGUAGUAUGCUACUAUAUAUAAUAGUAGUAUAAUAAUUAUUCAUUGGCAAUCAUAUUUGUCAUGAGGGGUGUCAUUUGAAAGCUAUUCUUAGUGUAGAAUCUGUAUUAUGUAGUAUUUACUCAACGUAUGAUAAUAUUAAUUCAGAAUUAUGUGGGAUUAACUCCAGAAAUCAUUAUUUAUAUGACGAACAUGACGUGCUUUUGCUGUUAACCAGCUGUUGAGUGUUAUUGUAUGACUGAUUGGAACUGUACUACAUUGUUUCGCCACAGGGUGUGCUGUCGUGUAUUUUAUGUUCGGUGUGAAGAAGAAGAAAGUUAACAGAGGCCUGUUCUCAACUUCUCCCUCACUGCACUUUGGCUCUCAUGGAGAGCACCUUCGCUCAUGUGUUUGAAAUAAACGACAGCUGACGUGCAAAGUAGCAAGUGAGCUGUAAAAAUAGCGAGCUUAGUGGCGUGAAAACCGCGGGAGAGCUACUGUAAGUGAAGCUAACGAACAGCCAAGCGGAGCUAAAAGCGAUGCUAAACGGCACGAAAUGAAGCUAAGCGACUGAUACUCAGUCCGUCGUCGUGGAACAGCCAUUGGUGCGUGUGUGCGUGGGAGAGAUAAAUGCAGCAUUCAAAUGGCUUUCUUUUUUGUUGUGUUAUUUGUUUGUUUGGUACGCUGACAUCAUUAUACAUGACUAAUAGUUGGGGGUGCUGCUGGCUCCGGUGGCCCAAGCCCUUGCUCGUUGGGUCAAGGGCAGCUGGUUGGGGGCCCUCUACUGGUUGGGGGCCUAAGGCGAUCGUCUACUUUGCCUGAAUAGUAGAUCAGCCUAUGAGUAUCGGUACCGAUAAUCGGCGCGACACCCACCAAUUGAAAGCUUACUUUGUAUUAUUUUGGAAUUGCUCAUUAGCAAAGUCCAAAUGUUUCCAAAAAGUAAAUGCAGUACACCUGACACAGGUCAAAUGUCAUUUUAAUGAAAUGUAUUGUGUACACUGUCAAAUUGAAAAUGGGGCUUCAAUAACUUUGCUGUUGUAAAUACUGUUCUCUCUUUUUAUUCAACAAUAUUUGUAUUGAUUAUGCACACUGUAAAUUGAGUUAAGCGAAACAUUUCAAAUGACAAACAUCAAAAGUGGUCCCGAAAUCAACAGGGAAAUGAACCAUCACGUCGAGAAAGCGUCAACAAUCACUUGUCAAUGACGGUUUCCACAUUUC